AUGAACAUCAACAUUCCAAAUCUCAUCAAAUCUGCCGUCCCAGAGGCUGAGGGGCGCAACGUCCAGAUCCUUUCAGACAACAGGACCAAUCACAGAGACCAGAACUUUCUCUCGGGUGAUUUCCCGCGCAAUCCCCCAAAACUGUACAUAACCGGUGAAAAUGACGAUUUUGACGAGGUCACUCUCGCUGAGUGGAGAGAUGAGGGUUUUGAUGUUGAGUACAUCUCAAUGGAGAGCUGCGGUGAUGGAUAUCUAAAGAAGAUCAAGUCGUUGAGCAGGGAAAACUUGGGUCCUUGUGAGAAGUUUGGAAUUGUCGCAUAUGACGACGCUGCAGCUGUUUGUCUUGAGCACUUUCACAUUCUCGACAACAACCCCGAAUUCAAGCUCGGCCUUCUCAUCGCCUACUACCCAACUCGCAUCCCGGACACCAACGGGAGAUUUCCCAGCAGCAUCAGCGCCCUUGUGCAUCUCGCGGCAGGCGAAGAAGUCGGUGUUGUCAAGCAAUCUCAAAUGGUAGGCAUCCAAGGCAAGAAACGCGUGAGACGAACCAAGAUUCAGAGCGGCAUGGGUACCGGCGGAAAACUUGACCUUGCAUAUCCUAGUUACACAUAUGAAGCUGAGCCUGGUUUUGCUGAGCAUGAUCUCGAUGAGUAUGAUGGUGUUUCGGCGGAGCUGGCUUGGAGUCGAAGCUUGGCUGCGGCUAGGAAGGUGUUUGGCAUCAACCCGGAUCUAGAGCUUGUUCUGGAACAUAACCUGCAGAGCAAAUUCUUCUCGAAGAACCUCGGUCAAGCAUUGUCGACCUUCACCACACACAAGACCCCUCAUGUCACUUACAUGCCGACCCUAACCGGUGCAACUGGCGCCGCUGAACUGAAGCGCUUCUAUUCAGAAUCGUUCACAACUCCACCUUCACUAAGGAUCACACUCUUGUCGCGCACCAUCGGCGUUGAUCGCGUUGUUGACGAAAUGCACGUCCAGUUCAAGCAUACGGAGCAAGUCCAGUGGAUGCUUCCUGGGGUACCACCCACAAAUAAGAAGAUUGAGAUCCUCAUGGUGAGCAUUGUCGCAGUCAGAGGUGGGAGACUGUACCAGGAGCAUGUUUACUGGGACCAAGCUAGCAUUUUAGUCCAAGCAGGACUUCUCGACCCCAAAAUGCUACCGCAGUCGGCGAAGGAUCUUGGUGUGGAGAAACUUCCGGUCGUCGGACGACGAGCGGCGAGGAGAGUCAGGAAGAACAGGGAUGCGAGCGAUGACGAGGGAGAGGCUGAUAAUGAACUGAUUCCCGGAUGGAACAAGCAGGAGGAUGAGGGGAGCAAGAAUGAACAAAAGUAA